GACGACGCCACCACCUCCUCCCCCUCCAUGGCUGCCGCUCACCCGGCUGCCGCUGCUGCAUUGUGGGAAGCGGCCGUCUCAGUCGGUCCCACCUCACUCGCCGCCGCCGCCGCCCAGACCGGCUCCUGCACCACCAGCAGCAGCAGCAACACCACCACCAGCUGCAGCAGUCGCCGGCGCCGCCGCUGCCAUGGGAGCUGUAACCGACGAUGAAGUUAUUCGCAAGCGACUUUUGAUUGAUGGAGAUGGUGCAGGGGAUGACAGACGAAUUAAUUUGCUGGUGAAGAGUUUCAUCAAGUGGUGCCAUUCUGGAUCUCAAGAAGAAGGCUAUACUCAGUAUCAGCGCAUGCUCAGCACUCUUUCACAAUGUGAAUUUUCAAUGGGAAAAACAUUACUAGUGUACGACAUGAAUCUCAGAGAAAUGGAGAACUAUGAAAAAAUCUACAAAGAUAUAGAAAACAACAUAGCUGCAGCUCAUGAAAAAAUUGCUGAGUGCAAGAAGCAAAUUCUUCAAGCAAAAAGGAUACGAAAAAACCGCCAAGAAUAUGAUAACUUGGCUAAAAUAAUACAGCAACAUCCAGAUAGACAUGAAACAUUGAAGCAGUUGGAAGCUCUGGGAAAAGAACUGCAGCAUCUGUCUCAUAUCAAAGAAAGUGUUGAGGACAAACUGGAGUUGAGACGAAAGCAAUUUCACGUUCUUCUGAGCACCAUCCAUGAACUUCAGCAAACACUGGAAAAUGAUGAGAAGCUUUCAGAAGCUGAAGAAUCAUCAGAUGCUCCCAUGGAAGCAGAAGAUAAACAAUAGAUGUGUAUAGCUCAGAAAUCUGGUAAUUUGUUUUCCUGAAGAUGAUUAAAUAAAUUUUGAAUUCAUUUUGUGUAUUAUUUCUUUGUCCAAAGUAACUAUAUUAUGUUUCUACCUGAAUGAAUUUCCAUGGUUAUAUACAAUAAAUUCUUGAAAUUACACA